GGGGCGCGGGUAUAAUAAUACGGACAGAGCCGGAUCGGACCAUACCCGUUAAUACCAGAGCCGGAACGGGACUCGUCGUGACUAUUCUGACGCUUUGACUUCGACUUGAAGAAACCUGGUGACAGUCCCGUUGCAGAGAUCUUCUGCGUGUUUGACGGCAACGAGCCAAGACAAGAGACAUUUAAGUUUGGGUUUAAUUGAGCUGAGACCAGGGUUAGGAUUUAGGUUGAUGAAAACAGUGUCUGCGUGGCAUCUUUUCGUGGCAAGUAUUUUUUAUUCACUGGACAUCGACGGGGAUCGCCAUCCAACCAGCAGACAAGGGGGAAGACGUCCUUGGCAACACCUAAGACUUUGUAUUCACUGACAUAAAUAUUGACUAUCUCAAAGGAGGGCCACCGGUUUCAGGAUGGUUUGACGCAAGAGGAGCCUCAAAAUUAUUCUAAUCAGAUGCACUUCUCGAGAUGACUUCUUGAUCAUUAACCGGUUGACAUUCUAGAAGACAAAUGAGAGCCUCGCCGUUCGAACCCCAUCCCCACAGACUCCCCGUAGACGAACCGGAAGUUGGGAAAAUGCAUACGGAAGUGACGUCAGACAAAAUGACUUUUACAAGCAUAGAAAAUGGUUUGAACUCUGAGAGUGAUGUUAGAGAUUCAGACGACGACUGCAAAGACAGUUUACCUUUGUCCUCGAGAGGCCAUCGAGGUGGAAAUCAAGAAAAUGCACAACUCAGUAGAGAAGAGAGGAGACGCCGUCGCCGAGCUACAGUGAAGUACCGCACUGCGCAUGCAACAAGGGAGAGAAUUCGUGUUGAGGCCUUCAACGUUGCUUUUGCUGAGCUGCGGAAGUUGUUACCCACGCUUCCACCAGACAAGAAACUGUCGAAGAUUGAAAUCCUACGUCUUGCGAUCUGCUAUAUCUCAUACCUCAAUCACGUCCUUGACCUUACCUAAGUGUGACCUUGAUUUGACCUAGAUAGUGAGUGACCUUUGCAAAGAUGAAAAGGAGGAUCGGCAUAGUUUCCGAAUCCUCUUGGUACCCACACGGAAAAUGGCAACACCUCUCUUGUGAACAUCAAAAUUAUAUUGAACUGUACUGAGAAAACAAAUGAAGAACUAGAAUUAUAUUUGUAUGUGAUAUGAUGAACAUGUUGUGAACCGACAAGGUGACAUUGUACAGUAUUUAUUACUGCCUGAAUUACUUUCUAAACAUUGCACCGCAAAUCGCCGUGUGGUGUUGCGUCCCUUAUGGGCGCCGGAAACCUAUGAUCUUCGAAUCCCGGUUCGCCCACAUUAUAUUUCUAGCUUUCUCAUCACCAUAUUCUUUUUCGAGGGUUUCGCCAAAGUGGUAACUAUCUUUAGACCUACGCCACUUCGGGCUCGCCUCCCACGUCAAACUGACAUUCCAUGGCAUAAUUUAAACACGUUUCAAAGCGUCUUUAAACCAAACUCGCUCAAUCUGAAUGCUUAAAUGAUUAAGUUAUUCGCAUAUCUCGAACACAAGACACAUAAACACAAGGAACACAUUUAUAGCUUGCACAGUGUAUUUUGUUGAACGGAUUUGAAAGUGAAAUGGACAACAAGUGUGUCCACUAUCCUAUAUCAAAGCUUUGUUUCUACCUUUGCCACAUCAAGGCCACAAUCUUGGCUCCACCCUCGCGUAGAUCACGAGUUGUGCCCCUUGUAAUGAACUAUCCAAUCAGAUCGCUGUUCUUAUCUCGUAUAGCUUUCCAAAGAUGGCGACUACCAUAGGCGACGACCAAGUCGAUCACAUUACGAAAACAUUCGCGAUUUCAUCUCUGACACAAAAACAUAGGAAAUCGUUUGGGGCUCAAAGAUGAAAAAAACAAAUUCGUGUUAAUAAAGACAGGCAGCAGUAUAUCACUUUGAUACGAAAGUGUACCAGUCGUAGAUUUUGCAUUUUAUGAAACGUUCUCUGAUUGGAAUAUCGAUAUGUUCGAUACUCUAAUCAUAUUUAGCACAGUAAAGUGGGCUCGAUGUGGCAGUGGUCGAAACAAUACUUUGAUAAAAAGGCAAGUGGACGCUCUUUCCUCGGGAAGAUACUCCUAGUCAUAACAUCUGCGACAUCAAUGUCAAGCUAUGAUUAUGAUUAUUAUCGUCCAUAACGUUGUGCUUGAUGUUGCGGGAACGAAAUGUACUGUAUAUAUAUUUUUUUCAAGGUGUUGCGUAUAAUCUUUAAUACUCAACCCCACUUUUGAUAAGGAUAUUUUUCAUCUUUCCACUGUACACACACAAGAUUCUCAUCAUAGGUAUACAGUAAAGUACGGAUAUAACGAACUCAAAGGGACUACUUAUUUUAGUUUGUUAUAACCGUAGUUCGUUAUAAGCAUAUAUACAGCAUAACUACAGCAAAUUGUCGGGACCCAAAAAGUAAGUUCGUUAUAUCCGUAAGUUCGUUAUAAGCGUGUUCGUUAUAACCGUAGUUUACUGUAAUUGAAUAGAAUGACAUAUCUGAUUACCCUUAUCAAAGGUGGGGUGGUAUAUAUUUCCCAAGGCGAACCCGUUAGAACCAUUCGACAAAUGAAUGAAUACAUGCAUUUACAGUCGCAUGCGCGUUUGGCCUCGUUCAACAAUUUGAUACAAUGAGUGUUUCGUUGAUGGGGACGUUACAGAGUAACUGUUGUGAUCCCCUGUCGAUUGAGACCGGGAUGUACAUAUUGCGUAUUUUAAAUGAGCAUGAGUGAAAUAAAAUAAUUGAAAU